AUGGCCUUCAGGACCUUCACGAGGCGAUUGUACUCAUCCUCGUCGGUUGAACUUAAUGGGAUGUUCAUUCCGCUCACAACGCCUUUUAAGGCCGAUCAGUCGAUUUGCUACGAGAGCCUCGGAUCCAAUCUGAAGAAAUACGAGAAAAUCCCUUUCAAAGGGUAUUUAGUUUCUGGAACGACCGGUGAGUCACCUUAUUUGUCAUACCAGGAGAGGGUAGAUUUGGUCAAAUUCGUCAGGGAGAACACGUCCAAGGAAAAAGUAAUCAUCGGAGGAGUGACAACAGAGUCGACCAGGAUGUCAUGCGAUCUCACGCAAGAGUUGAAGAAAGCAGGCGCAGACGGCGUACUUAUCAUGCUUCCGUUUUAUUUCAAGAGAUUCAUGACUGAAGAUGCGAUUAUGACACAUUUCACGACCCUGGCGGACGAAGGCGGUCUUCCGGUCGUCGUCUACAACAACCCUUGGGUCACCGGGAUGGACAUCGGGACUCCCAUCUUGGCCAAACUGGCUCGGCAUCCAUCAAUCCGAGGCGUCAAGGAUUCUGACGUAAGAAAAAACACCGUUACUCUUAUGGAAACUAAAGGGUGCAACUUCGACGUUCUGACCGGUUCCGCCGGAUAUCUACUCGCAUCAUUAAUGAUUGGUUGUUCGGGCGGCUUUAACGGACUCGCGGGUAUCUUAGGUCAUGAACUCUGCAGAAUUUGCCAACUUGUCGAAGAGAAGAAGUUCGAGGAGGCGAUUCAGCUGCAAAUCAAAGUUUCCAAGCCUGACGUGCUGGACUCGGAUUUGAACACGGUUAUUAAAAGAUCCUUGAUAAAUUCGUACUCGGCCGUCGUUUCGUCAGUGCAACCGACCAGAAUUAUUUUAAGUGCAAAAACCGGCCGGGGUGAUGACGUUUCCCCCCGCCUUUCGGAAAGAACGAACGGCAUCAUCGCGGAAACUGGAAAACAGAUGUAG